AUGUACCUAUCCCUCUUAGGAGCGAUCUCGCUCCUGAUCGCCUCCGUCAUCGCCGAAUCAUCAGAUAUUUUCUACUGGCCUGUCGGAUCUCCGCAACCUUCCCUCCUGGCACGCGUCGCUUACGAUCCGGCCUCGCUGAAGUCUGAGCUACUGUCAUACCACCCUCCGACCAGUUCCUCCACCGACGACCUCGUCCGAAUUGGUCUAUACACUGCGACUCCCUCCAAUCCUAAGCAAUGGUCUGGUAGCCUAGUCUCCUUGUCCGCAUUGACUGGAGAUGGUCAGCCCACGAUUCGUCUUCACCUUGGACCUGCUCACGAGCUCUACCAUGUUUCUCUUGCCUCGAUGUCUGGGAAAACCUCUGGUCCUCAGGUGCAGCUUGUCUCCAACGAGCCAGGCACGCAACCGCAUCUGAACCGUCCGGUUGUGGUGAGCCCCGAUGGGUCAAACCCCGAGGAUGUACCGGAGAAAACCUUUUUCCAAAAGUACUGGUGGGUACUCUUGAUUGUCACCUUUUUGACUAUGUCCGGCGGCGGUGGCGGAGAAGGACAAUAG